AUGGCGGCGGCGGCGGGGGCGGCGGAGCGGCGGGCCUUCGCGCAGCGCAUCAACCGGACGGUGGCGGCUGAAGUGCGGAAGCAGGUGUCCCGAGAGUAUGGCAGCUCUCCGCAGCUCUCCAAGAAGCACGGGGGCAUCCCACCAUCGGUGCCUCUCACAGAAGUGGUGGAGCCGGUGGACUUUGAGGAGUACCUGAGUAGCCACCUGUUGGAUAUUGAGCCUGGGCCCCUCCAUGACCUCGUUGAGUUUCCUGCGGAUGACCUGGAGGUGCUCCAUCAGCCCCGGGACUGUCGGACACUGGAGCCAGGCAUCCCUGACGAUGGCAAGCAGGAUGCCCGAGUGCGAGAUGCUGUGCAGCUCUACACCGAGGACUGGGUCAUCGUCCAGAGGAAGUACCAAAGGCUGAGCACCAUGUACAGCCCCAGCGCGGCCGAGAGGCAAAGGGAUCGGCAGAAGGAGCUGCCCAGGCAGGACUUCGAGCUGGACGAGGCGGCCAAGGAGCAGCGCGGCAGUCAGGGGGAUCCCGAGGAGCAGAAGCGCAGCUCGGCCUCCCGCGGUAGCUGGGCCUGCAGCAUCUUUGACCUGAAGAGCUGUGCGGCUGACGCCCUCCUGCCCUCUCUGCUGACGCGCACGGCCGUGGAGGAGACCGACCGCAGCAACGAGGAGCAGCGCAAGGAGAACCGCCACCGGGAGAUCCUGGCCCUCUUCCCUGCCCCCGAGGAGGAUGAAGCCGUGGAGCGCUGCAGCCUCCCAGAAGUUCCCAAGGAGCACUUUGGCCAGCGGAUCCUGGUGAGGUGUCUGUCUCUGAAGUUUGAGAUCGAGAUCGAACCCAUCUUCGGAUCUCUGGCACUCUAUGAUGUGAAAGAGAAGAAAAAGAUUUCUGAGAAUUUUUAUUUUGAUCUCAAUUCGGAGCACAUGAAGAGUCUUCUGCGCGCCCAUGGUGCCCACCCGGCCAUCUCCACACUGGCUCGCUCGGCUGUCUUUUCUCUCACUCAUCCGUCUCCAGACAUAUUCCUGGUGAUCAAGCUGGAGAAGGUACUUCAGCAAGGGGACAUCGGUGAGUGCUGUGAGCCAUACGUGGUGCUGAAGGAGACGGAUGCUGCAAAGAACAAGGAGAAGCUGGAGAGGCUCCGGGGGGCUGCCGAGCAGUUCUGCACCCGCCUGGGGCAGUUCCGCAUGCCCUUUGCCUGGACGGCCAUCCACCUCCUCAACAUCAUCAGCAGCGCCGGCCUGCUCGAGAGGGAGACAUCCGAGGCAGAGGGGGAGCGCAGAGGCACCUGGAACGAGCGCAAGAGGAAAGCACACGAGCGCCUGAGUGUUGGGGAGGAGGCAUGCAGCUUCAGCAACUUCCGCCCAGCGACUCUCACCGUCACCAACUUCUUCAAGCAGGAGGCUGACCGUCUCAGUGACGAAGACUUGUACAAGUUCCUGGCAGACAUGAGGCGUCCCUCGUCUGUCCUGCGCAGGCUCCGGCCGAUCACAGCCCUGCUCAAGAUCGACAUUUCGCCCGUGCCGGAGAACCUGCACUACUCCCUGUCUCCAGAGCUGCUGCAUGUCCAGCCCUACCCCGACCUGCGGGUCCGGCCCACCAAAGAGAUCCUGGAGUUCCCUGUCCGGGAGGUCUACAUGCCUCACACGACCUAUCGGAACCUGCUCUACGUUUAUCCCCAAAGCCUGAAUUUCAGCAGCCGCCAGGGGUCCGUCCGGAACAUUGCAGUGAAGCUGCAGUUCAUGGCGGGAGAGGAGCCCGGGCAGGCCUUGCCGGUGAUCUUUGGGAAAUCAAGUUGCAGUGAGUUUGUGAAAGAGGCCUACACUGCAGUGGUGUACCACAACAAGUCCCCCGAGUUCUAUGAAGAGUUCAAAGUGAAGAUCCCAGCCAGCCUCACAGACAACCACCACCUCCUGUUCAUCUUCUACCAUGUGAGCUGCCAGCAGAAGCAGAACACGCCGCUGGAGACCCCGGUCGGCUACACAUGGAUCCCUCUCAUGCAGCAUGGGCGGCUGCGGACGGGCCAGUUCCUCCUCCCGGUGUCUGUGGACAAGCCCCCGGCCAGCUACUCUGUGCUCACCCCGGAUGUGCAGCUGCCAGGCAUGAAGUGGGUGGACAAUCACAAAGGGGUCUUCAGUGUGGAGCUGGUGGCCGUUUCCUCCGUCCACACGCAGGACCCGUUUCUAGACAAGUUCUUCACCCUGACCCACGUGCUGGAGGAAUACUCCUUUCCCUUCCGAUUGAAAGACGUGAUCCUGACGGAGAGCAACAUGGAGUCUGAGCUGAAAUCCAGUGUGGGCAACCUGCGCGUGGCCAGCCUCGAGCCCCUCGUCGCCUUCAGCCACCAGGUCCUCAACAAGCUCAUCCAGUUGAUCAUCCACCCCCCUGUCAUUGCAGGGCAGACAGUGAACAUGGGUCGGGCUGCCUUCGAAGCCAUGGCUGUGCUGGUGAGCCAGAUCCACAAGAGCCUGGAGGGCAGCCAGGACCAGCACGGCCGGAACCAUCUCUUGUCCUCCUACGUCUAUUACGUCUUCCAUCUGCCCGUGGGGGAACCAGGCUUGCCAGAAACUGGACUGCCUCCGCACAGUGGCUCUGCUCAGUAUGCCACUUUGUCCCGCACCAGUGGGCGUCCGGCCAGCCUCAAUCUCUCCCGUUCGAAAAGCAUCAGCAACAGCAACCCAGACCUGGCCACCUCCCCAGACUCCCCAGAGGAGCAGGCUCAGAAGACCAGCAGUAGCAACAGCAGCAAGGGCAUCGACCGCUCGCAUUCCUGGGUCAACUCGGCUUAUGCCCCUGGAGGUCCAAGGAACGUCCUCCGCAGAAACCACCCAAACUCCAGCACGGACCUGAAGCAGCAGGCUACAGGGCGGAAGCCUCACCGUCUCUCCUCCUAUCUUGAGAGCUCCACUCUGGCUCCAGCCACCCCGAUGAGGCCAUCGACCAAAAAGCUGCUUCAUGAAGAGCUGGCCCUCCAGUGGGUGGUGAGCAGCAGUGCCGUGCGAGAAGCAGCCGUGCACCAGGCUUGGUUCUUCUUUCAGCUCAUGGUGAAGAGCAUGGCUCACCACCUGUUCCUGAGUGACAAGCUCGGGGCUCCUCGCAAGGCGCGCUUCCCCAGCCGUUUUGUGGACGACAUCUCAGCCCUGGUGUGUGCCCUCAGCGCGGAGAUCGCCAACCGCUGCCAGAAGGAUGUGGAACUGGUGGAACACCUCAACAGCAGCCUGGCCUUCUUCCUCAAUGACCUCCUCUCCCUCAUGGACCGGGGCUUUGUCUUCCACCUGCUGCGCUCCUAUUACAAGCAGAUCAACAACCGUCUGCUGGUCACCCAGACGCCCAACACCCUCGUGGCCCUGAGGAUGGACUUCAUCCGCAUCGUUUGCAGCCACGAGCAUUACGUCACGCUGAACCUGCCUUGCAGCGGCCUCUCCCCCCCGGCCUCCCCCUCGCCGUCUGUCUCCUCAGCAACCUCUCAGGGUUCGGCCUUCUCCAGUCACACUCAGGACCAACGCGUGGCCAGCAUGUUUGAGCUCUCAGUGCCCUUCCGGCAGCAGCACUUCCUGGCUGGGCUGGUUCUGAUGGAACUGGCGCUGAUCUUGGAGCCGGAGGCUGAAGGGGCCUUCUCCCUGCACAAAAAGGCUGCCAGUGCUCUACACAACCUCUUGUGCAGCCACGACUCAGAUCCACGCUAUGCAGACCAUGCGGUGCGGGCACAAGUGGCCCAGUUGUACUUGCCGUUGAUUGGCAUUGUUAUGGAUGCCCUGCCCCGCCUCUGUGAUUGCACAGAGACCCACAGCCAGCGGGGGCGGCUGGCCUCUGUCCUGGCGGAGGAAGGAGACGGGGAGGGCAGCACCAUUAGCCCCUCGGUUGCCAUGGCCAUUGCAGGCUCCCCACUGCCUCACACUCAGCGGCUCAGCCAGGUCCAGAUGCCGUCUGUGCCUCCACGCCAGUACAGCAUGCUGUCAGCUGAGGUGAGCCGCACCCUCCUGGUGUGUCUCCUCUGGAGCCUGAAGAAUGUCGAUGGGGCUCUGCUGCAUCGCUGGCUGGCUGACCUCUCCGCCCUGCAAGUGAGCCGCCUCCUCGACCUGCUCUACCUCUGUGUCUCCUGCUUCGAGUACAAGGGCAAGAAGACCUUGGAGCGAAUCAAUAGCCUGACCUUCAAGAAGUCCCUGGACAUGAAAGCCCGGCUGGAGGAAGCCAUUUUGGGCACCAUUGGAGCUCGCCAGGAGAUGGUUCGACGCAGCCGAGAGCGCAGCCCAUUCGGAAGCCACGAGAAUGUCCGCUGGAGGAAGAACAUCGCCCACUGGAGGCAAAACUCGGACAAAGUGGACAAGUCGAAGGGUGAGAUGGAGCAUGAGGCACUGGUGGACGGGAAUCUGGCCACGGAGGCCAACAUGGUGGUGCUGGACACUCUGGAAGUCAUCGUGCAGACGGUGAUCUUAUCGGAAGCCAAGGAGAGCGUCCUGAGUGGGGUGCUGAGGGUGCUUCUCCACAGCAUGGCGUGUACCCCGAGUGCCGCCUUUCUGCAGCACUGCUUUGCCAGCCAGAGAGCCUUGGUCAGCAAGUUCCCAGAGAUGCUUUUCGAGGAGGACACGGAGCUGUGUGCCGACCUGUGCCUGAGGCUUUUGCGGCACUGCAGCAGUAGGGUGGCCACCAUCCGCGCCCACGCCAGCGCCUCUCUCUACUUGCUCAUGCGGCAGAACUUUGAAAUUGGCAAUAACUUUGCACGGGUGAAGAUGCAGGUCACCAUGUCUCUCUCCUCACUGGUGGGAACGUCCCCGAAUUUCAAUGAGGAGCACUUGCGGCGUUCUCUGAAGACCAUCCUGACCUACGCGGAGGAGGACCUGGAACUGCGGGACACUACCUUUGCCGAGCAGGUCCAAGACCUCGUCUUCAAUCUGCACAUGAUUCUGACUGACACGGUGAAGAUGAAGGAGCAUCAGGAGGACCCUGAGAUGCUGAUUGACCUGAUGUACAGGAUAGCCAAGGGCUACCAGGCAUCCCCAGACCUGCGGCUGACCUGGCUGAAGAACAUGGCGGCCAAACAUUCGGAGCGCGGGAACCAUGCUGAGGCGGCCCAGUGCCUGGUCCACUCUGCUGCCCUGGUGGCCGAAUACCUGAGCAUGCUGGAGGACUGCCCCUACCUGCCCGUGGGUUGUGUCACUUUCCAGAACAUCUCCUCCAAUGUGCUGGAAGAGUCGGCUGUCUCCGAUGACGUCCUGUCCCCUGAUGAAGAGGGCAUCUGCUCUGGGAAGUCCUUCACCGAGCAGGGGCUGGUGGGGCUGCUGGAGCAGGCAGCGUCCUCCUUCACGAUGGGCGGGCUCUACGAGGCUGUCAAUGAGGUCUACAAAAUCCUGAUUCCCAUCCAUGAAGCCAACCGGGACUCCCAGAAGUUGGCCACGCUGCACGGAAAACUGCAGGAUGCCUUCAGCAAGAUCACCAACCAGAGGAUGUUUGGAACGUAUUUCCGGGUCGGCUUCUACGGCUCCAAGUUUGGGGACCUUGAGGAGCAGGAGUUUGUGUACAAGGAACCGUCCAUCACCAAGUUAGCGGAGAUCUCUCACCGACUGGAGGAGUUCUAUGCCGAGCGUUUUGGGGAUGAAGUGGUCGAAAUCAUCAAAGACUCUAACCCUGUGCACAAGAACAAGCUAGAUCCAAACAAGGCAUAUAUCCAGCUAACCUAUGUGGAGCCAUUCUUUGACACGUAUGAGCUGAAGGACCGCAUCACGUAUUUUGACAAGAACUACAACCUGCGCACCUUCAUGUUCUGCACUCCCUUCACGCUGGAUGGCCGAGCGCACGGGGACCUCCACGAACAGUUCAAGCGCAAGACCCUGCUCACCACCUCCCAUGCCUUUCCCUACAUCAGAACCCGCAUCAAUGUCAUCCGCAAGGAGGAGAUUAUUCUGAUACCAAUUGAGGUGGCCAUUGAGGACAUGCAGAAGAAGACGCAGGAACUGUCCUUUGCCACCCACCAGGACCCGGCUGAUGCCAAGAUGUUGCAGAUGGUGCUGCAGGGAUGCGUGGGCACCACAGUCAACCAGGGGCCUCUGGAAGUGGCACAGGUCUUUCUGGCUGAGAUCCCCGACGACCCCAAGCUCUACCGGCACCACAACAAGCUCCGGCUUUGCUUCAAGGACUUCGCCAAAAGGUGCGAAGACGCCCUCCGCAAGAACAAGACCCUGAUUGGGCCAGACCAGCGGGACUAUCACCGAGAGCUGGAGAGGAACUACCAGCGCCUGAAGGAAGCCCUGCACCCCCUCCUCAACCGCAGAAUCCCUCAGCUCUACACCCCCAUUGCCCCCGACUCCAUGCACAGAAACUCUUUCAGCAGGCUGAGUAUGCGGAAGGUGGAAGCCUAGAAAGGUGG